AUGUUGGUUUUUGUGUACGGAACUUUGAAGAAAAAUGAACCCAACCAUCAUUAUCUUAUGGCAACAUCCGGGAGUUGUGAUUUUAUAGGCAAUGGCCGUUCUGUUUCGAAAUUCCCGCUAAUAAUAGCUACCCAAUUUAAUAUACCGAUGGCAUUAAGGGAUCGAAAGAGGGGAAAGAGGAUUCAAGGCGAGGUCUACAAAAUUGAUGAGGAAAAGCUGGGAUAUUUGGACGAGCUUGAGGCCUAUCCCGAUCUUUAUACCAGAGAAUUGGAAACUAUCGAAAUGGCUGAUGGUAGCACAGAAAAGGCGUGGAUGUAUCUAUUGCAUGAAUGGAGAGAUGAUAUUUUUGACACAAGCUCAGAACUUUUGGAUUGUUAUUCUAGCAAAGGGGAGCAUGGUCGGGAGUACGUGGAUAGGCUAAAACGCGCCCGCCUCCUCCUUGACUCAAAACUCGACGUUUUUGCCUGGAUCAAAGGGAAAGAUUUGGAUGAUGAGGCCUUGAAAGAAAAAACUAUGCAGAAGGCCCUGCGCGACUUGUCCGGUCCAUCAGCGGAUUCAACCUUGACGAUGACUACCUUGAUCGACAAAGAGAAUACCGCCCCGGUUGUCACGGCUACCAAGGACCUCGUCUCCGCCGCCCCUCUUCUUGAAGAACCGCUGCUGAAAGAAAACCCAAAUCGCUUCGUCAUCUUCCCGCUGCAGUACCACGACAUCUGGGCGUUCUACAAGAAGGCCGUCGCUUCUUUCUGGACAGUUGAAGAAGUAGAUUUAGGAAAGGAUAUGAACGAUUGGGAAAAGUUGAACGACAAUGAGCGCUUCUUCGUUUCUCGCGUUCUUGCCUUCUUCGCCGCCUCUGACGGAAUCGUCAAUGAAAAUUUGGUCGAGCGUUUUGCCCAAGAAGUUCAAGUCCCGGAGGCGCGCUUCUUCUAUGGGUUCCAGAUCGCCAUCGAGAACAUCCAUUCGGAGAUGUACUCGAAAAUGAUCGAAACGUACAUCAGGGACGAUAAGGAGAGGAGAUUGUUGUUCAACGCCAUCGAAGAGUUCCCGUUUAUCAAGAAGAAGGCCGACUGGGCUCUGCGUUGGAUUGCCGAUCAAAAGUCUACUUUCUCGGAACGCGUCAUCGCCUUUGCUGCUGUUGAAGGGAUCUUCUUCUCCGGAUCUUUCGCCGCCAUUUUCUGGCUGAAGAAGCGUGGACUGAUGCCUGGCCUCACGCAUUCCAACGAACUAAUUUCCCGUGAUGAAGGCUUGCACAGGGAUUUUGCUUGUCUGAUGUAUCGUCAUAUCAACAACAAGCUGUCCCAAGAAAGGAUUCAUCACAUCAUCGCCGAUGCUGUCAAGAUCGAGCAGGAAUUCUUGACCGAGGCUCUACCCGUCGAUAUGAUUGGGAUGAACAAGAAGCUGAUGUCGCAAUACAUUGAAUUCGUUGCUGACCAUCUUCUCGCCGAGCUUGGUUGUGAUAAGCUCUUCCACUCCAAGAACCCGUUCGACUUCAUGGAGAACAUCUCGAUCGAGGGCAAGACGAAUUUCUUCGAGAAGCGCGUCUCCGAGUACCAGAAGCCGGGCGUGAUGAGCUCCGAGGAGGAUCGUCAAAUCGAAUUUGAUGCCGAUUUU